UGUUGGCCACAUUUUCUUUUUGGUCUGUCCCAUUAUUGUUGGCCACUUUCUAAAAUAAGGAAAAAUUAGACUUAAUUAAAGACCUUAAUUAACUCACUAAAUAAACCCUAAUUAUACCCUACUUAAACCUAUUUUUUGGCAUCAUUUCUUUUCAACCUAGCCGUAACCCUUCGUCUCUCUCUCUCUCAUCGGUCCAACCCUAGCUGCCAAACUUCGGCUCUCUCUCACCGUCGAAUCGCCGAUUGAACGACGAUUACCCCUCUGAAUCUAGGGGUUUCUCCCUUGGUUCCCCGAUUAAUUGCCUGUGUCUGUCCUUUUCGGCUCGUUUCAUACGCUGCGAUGAAGAAACACACAUUUUGGUUCGACGAGUAGGCGUCUCCGGAGCCCGUCGCCUCUCUGAGCGGCGUCCUAUUGGCCGCACCUCCCUCCGUCGAUUCUCCGUUGUUUCGGCGGAGAUUGUGCAGCAAGGGCUCCUCCUUUCGCCCUGCCGCCUCCGUUGACUCGCCGGCUUCACCGGAGCUCGUCGCCUCUCCGAGCGGCGUCCUGUUGCCGCAAGCACAUCCCACCGCCGAGUCUCCGUCGAUGCGGCAGAGGUUGGUGUUCGAUCCGACUUUUCUUGCGAAAAAGCAUCAGAUCCAUGGCUGCCCAAUCGCAGGCGAAGUUAUCGCCGCCUCUCCAGAUUCUCUGCCACCUCGGGUGACCUAUCCUUUUCCGUCGGAGUUGACGGAGACCGAUGACCAUUUCUCUGGUUUGAUUGCGGCUGACACUUUGUCACCGUGGUCCCUUGGACCGUUCGGCCCAGCAGAUUUGCUAGAUGAUGCGGACUCCAGUGGCUGGACGCAAGUCCCGGAGACGGAGAUGCAGCCUGUUCCGAUAGAGCAGCCUGUGAUGACAGAGCAGCCUGUGAUGAAGGAACAUCCUGUGCAGAAGAAGAAACUUUCAAGAUUCCAGAUAUUGAAGCAAAUGUUUCCUUAUUCGCCGCCCAAAGUCGAGCGACGGUGCGUUGGGAGGAGUUGAAGAGGGCUGCAGCCUCCUUCAUGGCACCAUGUCUAGGUUUGCCAUUCUUCAAAUUUGCAAGAAGAAACUGCACUAUUUUGUUCCUAUCUUUGGUAGAGAGGUCUUUGAUGACCAUAGUGUAUGUAGUUUUUGAGUUUUUGGAGCAGAACUUGAUUAGUGAAAAUCUGCCAAAUGAUGGCAGAUUUAUAGAUUUGUUUUUGGGGGAAAACUAAAUUUGUACUCAAAUUUGUGUAAUGAUGGAGAUUUAUAGAUUUGGAGGCCAAAAAAACUGCCGCCUCUUUUUGUUCA